CUCUCUCCAUCACGCCCCUUCUAUUGGCACUUGUGUCACUGGUAGUGAUGGUUUCAGCGAUGACACUAUUCUUUCUGACCAAAGGCUAAUAGGAAAAUCUGUCUAUUUGGCUUGAAUCUCUUUACGUUGUGUGUUCGUCAGACUGCCGAGGAACAGUGGCUAGAACUCGUGAGUCAGCAGGGAAGGAGACCCAACUAUAACUGCGCUAAACACGUGGCACUUUGUAUUCGCUUAGGAGAAUACUUUGUAUUCGUGCACUUCGGAGACUCGUCAAGAAAGCUACAGUAGCUCACUCCUGCUCUCCACAGGGCCGACGCGCUAACAGUUAUUUAUAGUUGGGAGGCCACAGAGAACGAACUACAAUAUACCUCUGCGAAGAGGACGAGACGGCAUCCGUGUUCUAAUAGUUACUGUUAUAUCACAGGAGAGAGCGAUGGAAACCAAAAUACACGUCGCUCUGUGCGCUCUGAUCCUCAGCUUGGGUUCGAUUGUAGAAGGCCAGGACCCUGGUGCUCACUCCUCUCCCUCAGAUGGACCUCUGACCCUAGGUAUGUCCGGGGCUGUUCAGGCACCCCUCCCUGGAGGUUAUCCCUCUCCUCCAGGCUCUCUGUCCCUCCCCAGCACAGACUCCCCAAAGCCAGCCAGCAACCUCACUGAUGGAGGGCUCUCCAACAACAACAGCAGCAGUAGCAACAGCAGCAGUAGCAGUAGCAACGACACAGCAGUCGUAGUGGUAAAAGAGGUCCCAGCCACCAGUGUGGGGGUCCCUGCCCCCACUCCCAUCCCUGAGAAGACCCCUGGCCCGGAGAACCUCACUGAAGAAACCGCACAGCCCUCUGAUGCUCCCUCUGACAACCACACUGUCCCCACACACACACCCACCACCACAGUCCUCGUUCACAAACCUUCCACCAUCCCAACACACACACCUGUCUACUCCACCACUCCAUCCAGCCAUGCCCCUCAUCCCUCCAAAACUCACUCACCCAUCACCACCACCGCUUCCCCAGCCCCUACUAGGCCUGAGACCCACCCAACUAACACCUCCGCUGCCCCCCAGCCCAGCUCAACCCCCAGCCCUGACCCAGAUACCUCUAACCCUAUCCAGCCUAAACAGCCCCUCAGUCCCUUUCCCACCACCACUACCACCGCCUCUCCCCCAGCUCUACCUACGUCUGAGCCACAGACCCAGACAUCCAGCAUCACCCCUCUCCCGGCUUCCACCCCAGCCAGCAGCCCUCCAUCCCAGGCUAAAACGCAUGCCGACAUCCCCUCUCAGCUCAAUGUAGUGGAUGGGGAACCAGUGUUCCAUAGUGGUGGACCUGCCCUGGACCCUCUCCUAGCUGGACUAGUGUCCGUCUUCAUCGUCACUGCAGCCAUCAUCACCCUGCUCCUCUUCAUCAAACUGCGACGACGGGAUCAGCGGCCUGAGUUCCGCAGGCUCCAGGACCUGCCUAUGGAUGAUAUGAUGGAGGAUACUCCCCUGUCCAUGUACAGUUACUGAUGAUGAUGGAGGACACAGUCUGACCUGAUGGAACAGCCAGACCCCCACAGACCUUCUCCCUCUGAACUGGGGCUGCGUCUCUAUAGUCCAACCUGGCCUUCUCUCCUUGUCCCCUGUCCUCAUAUCCUUUCUUUUAUCCGCACUGACAUGAGACGUGGACUGGUGAAAGCCAGUUGCUGAUAGGCAUCCUCCAUAUUGCUUUUAUCGACCCUGUGUUUUCAAAUCAGUGCAGAUGGAGGAGAUGAGGAGAGGGAGGCGCCAUUUUAGACCAUUGAGAUGCAUCCCUGGCGUUCCCUCACCACCUUUGUGUCUCUGUGAGCAACAGGGGGUUUCUGUGUGAGUGUGACCAGCUCUUUUCCUGGUCUAUGUGGAUCCGAAGUUUCAUCAGCAGCAUUCCCACUUCUACAUUCUACCUUCUAUAUUCAAGCGUGCACUCUGUCAGCUGUGUUUUGGUUGAGUGUUCGGUAACGAGGGAUCCUCUCUUUCAUCACUAGUUAGAGGCUACUUGUGCCUGGCUAUAUAGUGUUGUACAGUACGGUUGCACUUUACGUUACAGAGGACAUGUAUGUGUGUGUGUGUCUGUGUGUGCGUGCGUGUCUGCAUGGUUGAGCGAGCAUGCACGUGCGUAUGUGGGGUUGGGGGGGGGGGGGGGUUUGGGGGUAUUUAAGUUGGGCGUUUCCAUGGAAACUAGUUCCUCUCUAAAGAUCCUGCUUGUUAUUGUUCAUUUUGUUUCUCUAUUGGGAGUCUCUGGUGGUGUUAGUUCAUUGGACUAACACAGCCUUGUGGCCUGCAGACAACCUGGGUUCAAACCUGGUCAGUCACACUUGUAAGGGGGAGGUUGUCUCUCUGAGUAUCUUUAGUACAUUUAUCUUUAUAUAAAGCCUGAAUGGACUCUUCCACCCCACUAGAGCUAUUUACAGAGUACGAUACAGAGAAAAGCAUCCUCAAUGGCGGCUCAAUACAUUCCAUGCCUGUUAGAAUUCUACAUUUCAAAGCACGUGUUGUGAACUCUAAGGCGGGUUUGUCUGUUACUGUAGUUCUCACAGCCAGGCCCAGACCUAUGUUCUAACAUGUCUUAGUAAGGAAGAGCCUUGGGCAGAUUCAGCAGCAGUGUUUCCAACUGAGUUUGGCCAGUUGUCUUUCAAUACAAUUCAUUCAUUGGUUUAAUCAUGUAGCUACUUGACAUGAGGGUAACUUGUUGCCCAAGUCAGUCAGUGCUAGCCGCUACCAUUAGCAUGCAGUCCAUUAACUGUCUCAAGGGAAGGGGACUCUGAUAAACUACUCCAUAAACACAGACAUUGUAAAUGUAUAGCACUAGGUCAGAGAGAGAAACUCUUUAAUGUAAGGCUUUUGUGACAUAAUGAGCAUAAUGCUCCAUUGAUGUGAGGGGAAUGCAGUCUGUGUGUUAGUCUGCGUGUGUUAGACACACAGGAGAAAAGAACACCCCCUCCUUCCUUCCCUACCCCAACCUCUAUUGGGGAGACUUGAGUUGAAGCCAUAGGCCUGUAUUGGAGACAGUAUAUAUGGCACAGACAAGGGGGUAUGGCACAAAGCAGGAUCAAAGAGUUAGCCAGCUACAUUUCAUAAUAUUCUGAAUUAACUUUACAUUCCAACUUCAUAAAGAAAGGUAGACUUGAAAUCAAACGACAUGGUAUAAUUGACUCCAAAGUUGACAUUUUUAAACAAAUUAGAAAAGCAAUAGUUAUGUCUAUUUCUGAAUAUUUGUCAAAGUUAGCUAAUUUAGGGCUAGAUUAAAUCCAGACUGCUGAAGAUACGCGUUAUAGCUCGAUUGAAAUGUAAAGGUCAUUUCCAAUUGAGCCGACGUAUGUUGCGUUUCCCGUGAAUGGAGUCUCCAUGAAUGUGGAACCAUUGCCUUUAAAUGUCAAUCACGCUAUAGUGUAGAUCUUCCACGGUCCGGAUUUAAUCUAGGCUGUAGUGUUCCUGCUUGGGCUACCAGAUUAGUUUGUUGCAGACGCCGCUGACGUUUGUUGUCUUGCCAGUUAUCUGCCUCAACGGGACUCAAGUCAGAGUUGAAACAGAGUGGUUCUAUUUGACUCCAUGUGGAGUGGAAUGGUAGUUCAUUUGCACCCAUGUAUUAGUAGUCCCUUAUAUGAAGUGCCAAAAAGAUAACUGGUUGUAUUAUAAGGUUGAUAUGUUUUACUGUUUUACGUCGAUUCUGGAGUGAUGAUGUUUUUUGAUUAAAGAUAUGAAACCAU